GCAUCAAAAUCGACGCAAACUUAAAAAGCAAAGAAAAACCCAACCAGAAGUAUCGAACCAAAAACCAGUGGGAAACCAUCUCAGCCAACCCUUCCUCUCCCUCUCUCCGUUCGAACGUUUUCCGUUUGAUUUGAUUUUUCUCCGAUCGAUCUUACAAGAAUCCGGAAUUUUUGCAGCAGUUUUUUGAUCGCAUCUUGGAUUAUUGUUUCUUCCUCACUUGCAUAAGAACAGUGGCAUCUCCAAAAUCUGUGUGUGCUCAAUCGAAGCGAGGUUAAGGGAGCAGUAGUACUACUUGAUUAUGUUUCCUGAUUUAUUAGUUAAUUCAUUAGGCGAAAGAGACUUUUGCUGAAGCGUAAGGAACAAGAUCGCCACAAGUACAUCAUAAAGAGCAACCCAGUGUAACGAGCGCACAGUGCCAUCAUAUUUUUGAAUCUUUGAAACAUCUAACACAGAAAGUUCAAGAAUCGUCUCUAGCUUGGAAACACAAGCGUUACCACUGGUACCGUCAGCCAUGGAGCAGGUGCCAUCGGACGCGCAAUCUAAGAGCACCAAAUGUGAAACUGGUGUUUUAGGUAAGGAAAAUGGGGGAUUGACUUCAUCUGCUGAAAAGGUUAUACCUGUGGCUGAUCCAAAUGCACAAUCUGCCGAAACUGAAAGAAAAGCUCGGGUAAAUGCUGCAUGGGAGCAAAUGAAUAAGAAUGCUUCUAUAAAGAUGCCCAAAACUUUCGCUAGCAAACCUAGUACAAGAACAAUCACUAAAACAGAAUCAAAGACUUCUCCUAAUUGGAUGAGGGCUCUAGGUCUGACACCACCAGCUUCACGUGGGAAGGACAUAGCGGAGAAGAGACCUAGUCUUGUACAAAAUAACCACACAAGUGAAGAGUCUAAGAAGCUUGCAGCUGCUGCAAUAUCAGCAGCCAAGGAUGCAGCUGCCACGGCUGCUGCAGCUGCAGGCCGGGGAAAGAUAGAGGUAACAGAGGUUCGAGAUUUUGCGGGUGAAGACAUUCAAGUAAAGAAAUUAGUUGAUGUUGACUCAAAGGAGGCAGCAUUGGAGAAAGCCAAGGUUGGAGCCCCUUCUGCAGUUGACACAAUUCUUGAACAGAUUAAGAAGAAACAGAAGCUAAGUGUGCUUGAUAAGACGAAAAAGGAUUGGGGUGAAUUCAAGGAGGAGAACAAAGGGCUAGAAGACGAGUUAGAUGCUUAUAAGAAGAGUUCCGACAAGUAUCUAGACAAAGUUUCCUUCCUACAGCGGACAGAUAUGCGUGAAUUUGAGCGAGAGAGGGAUGCUCGUCUGUCUUUACAGUCCAAGAGAAAAUCUGGGGCGCGAGAUGAAUAGUAAGAGCCACGAAAAACCACUUGCGUGAUCUCUAACCUUGCAGUCUUCAGUCACCCACGAUCAUAUUUUUGUUGGAGAUCAAUGGCUGAAGCAUAGGAAGGUGUCAAAUUGCUUUCACAUGAAAAUCUCUCUCUCCGGAAGAAGGAACUGAUGAAGGAGAGUGAGUCAGUGACAAGAGAGGGAAGAGCUUCAUGUACUUGAUAUAGACCACGGAAGACAAUUAUUGGUAUUUUUGGAGUCCGUUUGGCAAUUUUGAUAAUGAAAAACAUUAUAACCCAAAGUGGAAUACCUCUUGAUUAUCUACCCUUGAAUUUUGUUGUUUGAUAUCCGCUACAGGCAUUGAUUUAUCAAUGCUUCUGAUUGCUCUCUUUACCUUCAGCCUUCUACUGAUAACCGAAUUGCUCUCUAUCACUUUAUGUUUCUAUUAUUC